AUGCACCUUACAGUUAAGAAGCGCCUACCAGUGACGGAGCAAGUGGUGAUUGGCACGCCUGGAACUAUAAAAAAAAGGUUGGAGGCAAAAAAAUUGGGCAUGAGUUAUAUGAAGAUUCUUGUUUUUGAUGAGGCUGACCACAUGUUGGCUAAGACUGGCUUUAAAGACGACUCCUUGAGGAUUAUGAAGGCGAUUGUUAAAUGCAAUUCUGACUGCCAGGUGCUUUUGUUUUCUGCAACUUUUGAUGAUGCUGUCAGGAAUUUUGUAUCAAAAAUUGUUAAAGAUCUCUUCAAGAAUGAUUACAAUCAAAUGUUUGUGAACAAAGAAGAGCUGUCCUCGGAGUCUGUGAAGCAGUGGUACAAGGUAAACUGCCCCGAUGAACUUUCAAAGAUAAAGGUAAUUAAAGACAGAAUUUUUGAAUUGGGAAAUAAGGUGGGGCAGAGCAUUAUUUUUGUUCGCACAAGAAAUAGUGCGAGCAUGUUGCAUCAAGCACUUGUGGAACAUGGCUAUGAGGUGACUACCAUUCAAGGUGCUCUUAUGCAAGAUGACAGGGACAAGAUAAUCAAGGAAUUUAAAAAUGGAUUGAUUCAAGUUCUUAUUUCAACGGACCUCCUCGCCCGGGGUUUUGGUCAAGCAGAGGUUAAUCUGGUUGUCAAUUAUGAUCUUCCUGUGAAUUACGAAACUCCAUCGGAGCCUGACUGUGAGGUAUACUUGCAUCAGAUUAGCAGGGCAGGACGUUUCGGCCGCAAGGCAGCCGUAUUCAACUUGUUGUGCUUUGAUAGAGAUAUUAUGCUAAUGGAGAAGAUAGAGAAGCACUUUAACACCCAAGUGGACGAGGUCCGGUCCUGGAACAGCGAGGAGGAUUUUGAGGCUGCCUUAAAAAAAGCUGGUCUCUUUUAAAGAUUGUGUUAUUGGGAAGAUUAUUCUUCCAACCACAUGUGGUUAUUUGGUUAUCUGGUAAAUUAUCAGUCCCCAAAUCAAUCACCAGUUUUUGGAUGUUGGUUUUGGGUUUAAACAGAAUUAGUUUUUGGAUGUUGAUUUUGGGUUUAAACAGAUGAUUGAUCUUCUUGUUGUAUAUUGUGUGUUAUUGGGAAGAUUAUUCUUCCAACCACAUGUGGUUAUUCGGUUAUAUGGUAAAUUAUCAGUCCCCAAAUCAAUCACCAGUUUUUGGAUGUUGAUUUUGGGUUUAAACAGAUGAUUGAUCUUUUUGUUGUAUAGAAAUUUGAAGUCGAUGUUAUAUAGUUUAUUUGUUGACUACA